GUACAUUUUUCUUUGAUUUAUUUUAAAAAGAAUCAUACAUAGACAGGCUUUCCACGUGUCUGAAAUUAAGAGAGAAUACAUGACCAAAAACUUUAGCCAAUUUGAACUCUUAUCCCUACCCAAUUUUCCUCUUUGGUGGGUGUGUUUGCACUCCAUGCUCAGGCAGGCAGGAUUAGUAUCUAGGGUGCAGAGGAGAACUUGAGUAAGAGACCUCUAUGAUCUGUGCAGGGUGCCUCCGGUAAGUCCCCCAAAGCUUAGCAAAGAGAUGGUCCAGCUGUUGCAGAAGAAAGCCUGGGUGAGAGCCAGGCUGUGUGUCUUUGCUCCUGGGUAGGGUGGAGCCUACUCGCAGGGAGGUGGCCCGUUGCACUAGGUGGCUCGAGGCAGCAGUUGGCGGCAGCAGCAGUUGGAGGCAAGAGCCUCGCUCUCCUGCGCCCCGCCUCACCCGGACAUCCCGUGGCAGGUGGCGGAACCGGCCGGACCUGCUCCACGGGCCGAGCCUCGGAGCUCGGAGCCCGGCGGUGGCCAGCGGCGCCAUGGAGGCGGACGCGGACCCCGAGGAACUUGCGCGGCUGCGCUCCGUCUUCACAACCUAUGACACGAACUGCUCCGGGCGCCUAGAACGUGCGGAGUUCCGCACGCUGUGCGCGGAGCUGCACGUGGCCGAAGCCGAAGCAGAGGCAGUGUUCCUGGGGCUCGACACGGACCGCGAUGGCGCAAUCACCUUCCCGGAGUUCGCGCGUGGCUUCCGCGGAGCGCUCGGCCAGGACAGCGGAGAGGCCCAAGGCCUCUGGGACGCGGUAGAGCCUGAGAGCCCCGGCCCCGCCUGGCGGGACUUCCACACGCGCCUCGGAGAGGAGGCCCAGCUCAUUCCCAGAAAAGAACAAGUUAGUACCCUGUAUCAGAACAUUAACCUUGUGGAACCAAGACUAAUCCAGCCAUAUGAACAUGUGAUAAGGAACUUUCUCCGUGAGAUCAGACUCCAGAGCACAGAAAUGGAAAACUUGGCCAUUGCAGUGAAAAGAGCCCAGGACAAGGCGGCCAUUCAGCUAAGUGAGCUGGAAGAGGAAAUGGAUCAGAGGAUUCAAGCUGUGGAAAAUGAGACCCGAAAAGAUGAAAAACGCAAAGCUGAGGAAGCUCUCACUGACCUCAGACGUCAGUAUGAAACAGAAGUAGGAGAUUUACAAGUGACCAUUAAAAGGUUAAAAAAGCUUGAAGAGCAGUCAAGAAAAAUAAGUCAAAAGCAAGAUGUGACUUCAUUAAAGAAACAAAUUUAUGAUUUAACAACGGAAAAUCAAAAACUCAAAAAAGAUCUUUUGGAGACACAGACAAAUUUAGCCUUUCUUCAGAGUGAACUAGAUGCUUUGAAAAGUGAUUAUGCUGACCAGACUAUGAAUUCUGAACGGGAUCUGGAACUAAUCCGAGAGUUCAAUGAAGAUCGAAGUAAUCUUGAGAGGCAAAUUGAAGUCCUCCAAACAGCUAACCGGAAGCUUCAUGAUAGUAAUGACGGCCUUAGAAGUGCCCUUGAAAACACUUACAGCAAGCUCACCAAAUCCUUGCGUAUGAAUAACAUAUCACCAGGGAAUACAAUUUCUAGCAGCAGUCCCAAGUUUAAUCAUCAUUCUUCUCAACCACUGGGCUACGAUAGUUAAGAACAGUUAUCAUCAGCAAGAUGUAGAAGAAGCAUACAAAACAAAAUUACUUCAGAAGUCUCAUUAGGAUUUAUUCUUGAAAGAAUGAUGCCACAAAUGAAGUCUAGUACUGGAAUGAGAGUUUGUCUCCAGUAUAUUCUAAGGGAUAGGAUCUUCAUUGUAUCACCAGGAUCUCAAAGGCAAGCACAUCUUCAGUUCUUAAUUCUGAACCCAACUACAAACUACUGUUGCCUGUGAGAAUCUUCCCUCCUUGGAGUUAGUUAGUUCGAUAUAUGAAGUUCUCAGGGUGCUUUUUUUUUUAAUGCUAAUAUACAGCUCUUCUUACUUCCAGAAAGUCUUUAGUCUUAGGAUAUUGACUGUUUAUUUUCUGUCAUAGAAGAAGAAGUUAGAGACCUAACUAUUCAGUCAUUGCCCCCAAACCAGUUGAAUGUUGUUUUGUACUGAUUGCACAUGGCCUUGAAGUCUUGGGGAGAGACCAGAGUACCUAAUGAUUAGGAAAGGCUAAUAGAGGUGCUCCAGUUGUGUGGCUGUGGGGAAGCUAUCCAUACCUUCCAGUUCAGCUUCUUCUGUUCACUCAUGAUCCUGUCAGUAGCCCCUCACCCAUGCUCUGUAAGUAAGCACAAUAUGAUCAGGACAUUGAAUAAGGAUAGGCUUUGCCUAAUUGCCCCUCCUAUGCCUAAGAAAAAAUUUCCCAACAGCCUGUCUUAAAAAUAAACAAAUAAAUAACACAAAAUAGAAAAGAAUUAUAAUCUAGAAGUAGACAAAGUAUUCAGAAUGUGGUGUGAAUGUACUGUAAUAAAAAUAGUAGUGUUGUAUUUGUAUCUAGGAUACUCAUUCUGUGUAUCAAGAUAGAGAUCAGCCAAUUUAAAUGAGUAACAUAUAUAAGAUUUCUCAUUUGAGGUCUUUGGUCAUCAUAGAAAGCUGAGCAACAUGAACUGAUUGUGCUUUGUACACUUCCUUUGCCAAUGCUAAUGGAACGUUCUGUCCUAUAUCUCUGGCAAAUGACUGAUGAGCCUGCCCCGUUAUGUUCUUGUGUAUUGUGA